GUGAAUGGACAAAUUCGACAGUGGAAGUUAGCAGGUUGAAAGACGAGCUUUUUUUUUUUUUUUUAAAAAAAAAAAAAAAAGGGAAUUAUCAAACGCCGUAACGGAGGACGUGCCAAAAAAGGCCACUGUAACGAACAGCAAAUGAGCAGAAAACUUAAUUUCCACACGCGGAUAAUUUGAGUGACUCGAGGGAUUUAGCAGGCUAUUGGGUAACCUGGCUAGCUCCAUAGAAUACAAUGAUCAGCCAGAAAGCUGCUUAGCUAGCAAGCUAGCUAGCCAGCUAGCCUAGGAAAUAGCAGGCACGUUCACUGGCUAGCUCGUGAAGCAGAAGUGCUGAUAAAGAGUAGGAUAAUGUCUGGUUAUUUAAUCUCCAGACUGUUUUGUCUUUACUGGGUGCGUGUGUGAGUUUAGCGCUGUCGAGGUGCGUAUAUCAUAAACCCCGUUUAUGAGAAAGUGGCCUAGCUAGCAAGGCUAAAUGAAUAUACAGUACAGAAGUGACUAGCUAGCUCUGUUUGCGUUAGCCGACCUCCAACACUGGCUUGCUAACAUUAGUUCGGAGCUGGAUAAUUAAAUGGCGUGAAUUUGUAAUGUUGUUGGAAAGCAGUUAGAAUUGUCCUACAGGUUUAGCUAGUCGUGGAGUUUAGUGAGGUUAGAUUAGCUAGAAUGAGGUGAUAAAACGGUGGCUAAUAUUAUUCCGGCCUAGACCUGGUGCCUCAGUACAGUGAGAUAUUAAGCCAGAUAACCAGCCGUAAUAAAUAAUGUUAAGUAAGUUUAGCAUCACUGCGUGUUUAAUGUUGCAUAUCUUUACAAAAUGGACCAGGUUUCCAGCUUUAUUCUGAAAGCUGGGGAUGCUGGAGAUCUCAGGAUUAUGAAGAAGUUGUGUUCCAUGUUUGUAUGUAGAACACAGUAGUCUUAAACCCCUGUAUAAUAUUCCUGCUCUUUUACUCUUUCAUAUCUCUGGAAAUUUCUAAAUGCGCACAAUAUAAGCAAAUCCUUUCCUUAAAGCUGGCUUGGUUCUCUGUAUUUAGGUGCAAAUGUCACUCACUUCAUGGACUGAUAGGCUUUAAUUUCACAUAUGCAAGCCUGUAAGUUCUCCUUGCUUUGAAUGUUUGUAUUUAUUGAAGCGUUUUUUGGGACAGCUGUAAAGAAACCAAACCCAGACUGGUGGUGGCUCAAAGGCAACGUUUUCAUGUGGUCAUCUUUCAAAGACCACCUUUUCCACUGUCAAAGGUCAAACAGAGAAGCAUGUGAUCAGGACUCUGUCCAUCACCACCAGUCAGUGAGAAUCGUCGGGGAACCCUUCUUUGAUAAGUUGAUGAACGUCCAGCAGUCGUCGCCAAUGGAAGUGUUAAGUCAGAGACUUUAAGGAAGGAGGGAUUUGAGCUACGUGGAGGAGGCAGCGCUGAAAAGAUGGGCUCUCAAGCACUACAGAUUUUGCGCCAGGGGGUGUGGGCUUCGCUGACCGGAGGCUGGUACGUCGACCCCCAUCAGAGCACCUUCUCCAACUGCUUCCACCUCUACCUCUGGAUAUUCCUUCUGGCCUUCCCCUUUCUUCUGUACAUGGCACUGCCACCCACUGUAGUAGUAGCUGGGGUGUACUGCGCUGUGGUGGCCGUCUUCUUCACUGCUGUAAAAGUGGUGAACUUUCGCCUGCAUGCGAUGUUUGACCUGGGAGAGAUUGUGGAGAAGAGGCAGGCCUCGCUGACCACAGACCCUCAGAGAGUGGAGGAAGGAGAUGAGGGCUCUGGAGCUCAUGAUAGCAGCCAACACAGGGGCAGUGGUGUUGGCGUGGAGAUGACUGUGUUCAGAAAGGUGAACUCAACCCCUCCAGUGCGCUGCAGCUCCCAGCAUUCCUUGUUUGGUCUGAACCAGGUGUCGGAAUUUUUACCACAACUUGAGGACCCUGGAGGCUCUAAAGACCUCAAAGAGCUGAUGCAAGAGCAGGACGGUGACGGUCUGAUCUCGACACACAGAGAGGUUCUUCGGCACAACUCUCAGGAUGCAAUCAGAGCCAGUGGUGUGGUUCAAUCCUGUCUUGCUGUGGCCAUUGCAGGGGAUUUUCCCAGUCUCAUGGGAGUGGGUGGAGUGAGGUCAGCAGGCUUUGGGAGCCUGCCCCUGCCAGACUGUCCCUCCAUUCCCCCCUCACCAUCCAGCCAGGAGGAUGGAGAAGAGAAGGAGCCGGAAGUAGCCUGCAGCAAUGUGCUGGAACAGCAGGUACAGCGAAGGCCAGAGGAGCCUCCAAUGGGUGGCUAUUCCCCACUAGGCCCUUCGGCAGAGUCUGAAAGCUUGGGCGAUGCCCCUCUCAGCCCUCUCAUCAAGAGCAGCUUGAGCGAAGAACUGAGUGAGAACCUGUUGGGCCUUGGACUUGACCCAGUGACCUUUGGACCUGGAGUAGAGCAGCCAUGCAGCCGCAGUGGUGUGGCACUGACAGCCGGAUCAACAGACAGCUGUGUGGCCACUGACCGAGAGACUUUGAGCACAGUCAGCAGCUACCGAAGUGAGAAAACAGACUCUACACAGCUUGAAAGCCCGUCGCUGGGCCAUCAGCACCAGUCGGUCCCUAUGCCCUCCUCUGCAGUUCUGGGUAAGAGUUCUUGCCAGCAACCAGAGGACCCCGCAUUCCUGGGAGGCAGCGACACAGAUGAUCUCUCAGAUAGCGAACUGCUACGGUCUCCCUCCAAAGAGCUCCACCCUGGUCAGGGCCUGGAUCGAACACUGGUGGAGGGUGAGGAUGCACCGGCACAGCUCCCAUCCCUGCAAGAUUCAUCCCCUUCUAGCAGCAGUGGCCCCUCGGAGGCCUGCAAUCAGGCUCGGGCCAUACCCAUGCCCCCUGUGCCUCCUCCACGCCAGGCUGGCUCUGUGCCCUCAGGUUUGGUGUGCUCGGAACCCGCCUUGGCUGUCACCUCUGCACCUUACCUGCUGGUUGAGCCACCUUCCCUACAGGUUCAGCAGCAGCAAGUAGUGCGGCCCAAAGACUUGAAACUUCUGCGUGCUGGUGGCAGCGUGGCCCAGCGGCCCGGGCGCAGGAAAGCACCGCGUAAACGUGGUGCUGCUGGCAGUAGCAGUUUUGACUGUGGCUCGUAUCGACGCCGUCAUCAUGGACGCAGCCAACGCAGGGACUAUGUGCCUGUGCGCAGCAGGCUAGGCGCCAAAGCUUACAGCGAGAGCUUGUUCGAGGACUCCAGUGAUGAGGACGAUGGCAGUGAUGCCAGUGCUGCCUCCAGCCUGGGUUCACAGCGGCGCUUCAGUUCAGACGACGAGGAUGAGGACGACUCAAGUUCGUCUACCUCCUGCUAUUCCCCAGAUCCUGGAAUUGCCUCUCAACCUGUCCCCAUUCCACAGCUGCCUAGCCCCAAUGAGGGGAAAGAGCCAGCUGCAGUAGGCCCCUCACACACUCGCAGUGCACAGCGCUCAGCAAGCACGGCCAGUGCCAAGACUCAUGCCAGGGUGCUCAGCAUGGAUGGUGCUGGUGGAGGCCACACCAGCACAGGAACUCUGGCUUCCACCAUUUUGCCAUUAGCAGCUGCUUCCACUCCUGCUCCACGGCCCCUUACCAUGUCAAAAUCUGACCUGGAGGCUCGCACUGGACACUCAGAGGUUUUUCCCAGGGCUCACAGGCUCGACUCACUGGGAGGCUCAUGGGCUGGAAACCAGACUGGAUGGAGGGCAGGAGAACUGCUGGAAGAAGGUGCUGUGGGAGGAGUGCUUGUCAAUAACCUGAAGAUGCUUAUUACUUUGGCCUCUGAGGAAGGAAGUAAACGGGACCCCGUAAGCAGUGUCAAGAGAACUCAAGCCAUCCGCAGAAGACAUAAUGCAGGCAGUAACCCCACUCCACCCCCUUCCACCAUGGGCUCCCCACCCAGCCUCCAAGAUCUUCAGCGGGCCCGUGCCUCAUCGCAUUCCCGUGCACGUGCCCUCCCCACAGCCCUACAGUUUGCCUCCUCCCUGCUGCUCCCCCGCAGUGGAGUGCAUGAAGCCUCCACAUUUGACGACACCUCUGAGGGAGCUGUGCACUACUUUUACGAUGAGAGUGGUAUAAAAAGAUCAUACACGUUUGGACCUGCAGGAGGAGGCUAUGAGGACCCAGUGCAGGAGCGUGAGAGACAGUCCCAGUCCUCCAGCUUUACCUCCACUGAUGUGCAGGACGUGGCUCCAGCAUUGUCCAUGCUGCAGCCUAGACCUGUGGUACUCCAGGGCAUGCAGGUGCGCAGGGUGCCCUUGGAGAUGCCUGAGUUUGACCUGGAUCAUGAGUCCCUGCAGGAAUCUCAGGAAAACACGCUGAUGAUCGAUGAGAAAACCAAGCCAAAACAGUACUACAAGUUCUGGGUGCUGCCGGGAAAGUGGCUUAGAGUGCGCUAUGACCGGCUGGCCCUUCUGGCCUUACUGGAUAGGAAUCGGCGGGUUGGCGAGAAUGUGUUUGCGGUGGUUUUGGCCAGCCUAGUGGCCUUUCUUGGCUUCUUGCUGCUGCUGCACGGCUUCUUCAGGGACAUAUGGGUCUUCCAGUUCUGCCUCGUCAUCGCCAGCUGCCAGUACUCCUUAUUGAAGAGCGUGCAGCCUGACGCAGCCUCCCCAAUGCAUGGCCAUAACUGGAUCAUCGUGUACAGCCGGCCGGUGUAUUUCUGCUUGUGCUGUAUGCUAAUCUGGGUCUUUGACCUUGCCGGCCGUUCCAGCAACCUGCAGCCUUUCUCCCUCUAUGGAGUAACCUUCUUCUCUGCCCACUUCCUGCUGUGUGCCAGAGACAUGCUCAUAGUUUUCACCCUGUGUUUUCCAGUCAUCUUCCUCUUUGGACUUCUACCUCAGGUCAACACCUUUCUCAUGUGUUUGCUGGAGCAGGUUGACAUGCACAUGUUUGGUGGAACUGCCACUACAAGCCCCCUGUCCUCACUCUACAGUCUGUUACGCAGUGUGUUAGUAGCAGCUCUGGUUUAUGGCUUUUGCCUUGGUGCUAUCAAUGCCCCAUGGGGUGAGGCUCAUGUUCCAGUGCUCUUCUCUGUAUUCUGUGGCCUCCUCCUUGCCUUAUCAUACCACUUAAGCAGGCAAAGCAGUGAUCCCACCGUCCUGUGGUCUUUGGUCCGUUCCAAAUUCUUUCCAGAGCUGGAAAGCAGGACUCCCGAGGAGCCUCCUCUGGAGAUCAAGGACCCACUGCCAGAGAAAUUGCGCAACUCUGUGAAGGAGAUUUUACACUCAGACCUGGUCAUGUGUCCCCUCAUGGCCAUUAUCAGCUUUGCCAUCAGUGCCAGUACUGUUUUCAUUGCUCUGCAGCCUGCUCUUAGUUUUGUUCUAUAUAUUCUGGCUGGGGUGGUGGGCUUCCUUACUCACUACUUACUGCCUCAGUUUCGCAAGCAGCUGCCUUGGUUCUGCCUGGCCCACCCAGUCCUCCGUUCUCGCGAGUACAGCCAGUUCGAGGUUCGGGAUGCAGCUCAGCUCAUGUGGUUUGAGAAGUUCUAUGCCUGGCUCCAGUGUGUAGAGAAGUACUUUAUUUACCCUGCUGUGGUGCUCAACUCCCUGACCACAGAGGCCCACACCAUCAGCCAGAACCCUGACAAGCCUGGCACUUAUGGCCGAGCUCUGUUCAUCUCCAUGGCUGGAAUGAAGCUGCUUCGCUCAUCCUUCUGCACCCCCUCCCAACAAUACGUCACUCUCUGCUUCACCGUCCUCUUCUUCCAGUUCGACUAUCCACGCUUCUCCGAAACCUUCCUGCUCGACUACUACUUCAUGUCCAUCCUCUUUAGCAAGCUGUGGGACCUACUGUAUAAGCUGCGUUUUGUGCUGACCUACAUUGCUCCGUGGCAGAUUACUUGGGGCUCUGCAUUUCAUGCCUUCGCCCAGCCAUUUGCUGUGCCCCACUCGGCCAUGUUGUUUGUGCAGGCUCUGUUCUCUGCCCUCUUCUCCACUCCCCUCAAUCCUGUGCUGGGCAGCGCCGUCUUUGUCACCUCCUACACACGCCCUGUCAAGUUCUGGGAGCGGGACUACAACACAAAAAGGGUGGAUCACUCUAAUACACGUCUGGCCACUCAGCUUGACCGUAACCCUGGUGCUGAUGACAACAACCUAAACUCUAUCUUUUAUGAGCACUUGACCCGCUCACUGCAGCAUUCUCUGUGUGGAGACUUGCUACUGGGCCGCUGGGGCACCUACAGCACGGGGGACUGCUUCAUCCUGGCAUCGGACUACCUCAACGCCCUUGUGCACCUCAUUGAAAUUGGCAAUGGGCUUGUCACCUUCCAGCUCAGAGGCCUGGAGUUCAGAGGUACGUAUUGUCAGCAGCGAGAAGUGGAGGCCAUCACUGAAGGUGUGGAGGAGGAUGAGGGCUGCUGCUGCUGUGAGCCAGGCCAUCUGCCCCACAUGCUGUCUUUCAACGCAGCCUUUGGCCAGCGCUGGCUCGCAUGGGAGGUUGCUGCUACCAAGUAUGUCUUGGAAGGCUACAGCAUCAGCGACAACAACGCUGCCUCCAUGCUGCAGGUGUUUGAUCUACGCAAGAUUCUGAUCACCUACUAUGUCAAGAGUAUCAUCUACUACGUGAGCCGCUCACCCAAACUGGAGGAGUGGCUGUCCAAUGAGACGGUGCAGGAGGCAUUAAGACCCUGUCUCAGUGCUUCCUACGUUGACAGUGACCCCACCUUUAACCUGAACAUUGAUGAAGACUAUGACCACCGAGCCUCUGGCAUCACCCCAGCUGCCUUCUGCGUGGUCUAUCUGGACUGGAUCCAGUACUGCAACAGCCGCAGGCAGAAGCCUGUGGACAGUGAGAGAGACUCCCCUCUGGUCACGCUCUGUUUUGGGCUUUGCAUUCUGGGCCGCAGGGCGCUUGGCACAGCGUCCCACAGCAUGUCUGCCAGCCUGGAGCCAUUCCUCUAUGGCCUCCAUGCUCUGUUCAAAGGCGAUUUCCGGAUCACGUCACCCAGGGAUGAGUGGGUGUUUGCAGACAUGGACCUUUUGAACCGGGUGGUGGCGCCUGGUGUGCGCAUGUCCCUCAAACUGCACCAGGACCACUUUACCUCUCCGGAUGAAUAUGAAGAUCCAGCUGUGCUGUAUGAUGCCAUCACUGCUAAUGAAGAGAAGAUGCUGAUCUCUCAUGAAGGAGACCCGGUUUGGCGCAGUGCCAUUCUGGCCAACAUGCCCUCACUCCUGGCCCUGCGUCAUGUCAUGGAUGAUGGCAGCGAUGAGUACAAGAUCAUCAUGCUGAACAAGCGCUUCCUCAGCUUCCGAGUCAUAAAGGUGAACAGAGAAUGUGUGCGUGGACUCUGGGCUGGGCAGCAGCAGGAGCUGGUCUUCCUGCGGAACCGAAACCCUGAGCGUGGCAGCAUCCAGAAUGCCAAGCAGGCGCUGCGCAACAUGAUCAACUCUUCCUGCGAUCAGCCUAUCGGAUACCCCAUCUACGUCUCCCCCCUCACCACCUCGUACGCUGGAGGUCACAGCCAGCUUCGGUCUGUCUGGGGAGGGCCCAUAAGCCCCCACAACAUCUACACCUGGUUCAUCAGCAGCUGGGACAGGCUACAGAAGGGCUGUGGUGCAGGCUGCAACAGUGGAGGGAAUAUCGAAGACUCUGACUGCGGUGGUGGAUCUUCCUCCAUCAGUAACAAUCCUGCAGUAUUUCCUCCACAGAGCACAGCGCCCACUGUGUCUCAGUCCCACCUUACCACUGUGCAGCCAUCAAUGGGAACUGACAAUCCUGUUGGACCGAGCUGGCCUGUUCAUUCUCAGCCCCUUCCCCUGACCCUGCUUAGCCAAUCUGAGGGCCGGAUGGACGCAGGCUUGGUAAACUCUCUCCAGCGCACUUCCUCCAUUCAGGGCCUGCUGGGUCAGCACCUGUCCAGCUCACAGCUGUCUUUCAGUGCAUCUGUGGCUGUGCCACCCACUGAGCGCUUCUGUCCAGGCAGCCUGCAGGACAGUGCCAGCCACAGAGCCUCUCAGCGGGGCAUCAGCAUGGGGCUUGGCCAUGGAAGCGGCCUGCACUAUGAUGCUAUCUAUAGCAAGUGGAGUUUGUCUGGCAGGAAAGGCUUUAAUGGGCCAGCGGCAGUGGAAGGGGACGGAGGGUUGACUCACUGCAUCCGCACUCAGGCUUUCCAGCCUGUCCCACCUGCCCCACCCCCAGACGUCAGCCCAACACUGGAUGCAGUGAGUGUUUCUGUGCCCACAGAGACCACGCCCCUUACAUCAGAUCCUCCCAGUUUACGGGAGGAGGCUACCGAACUGCCUUUACUUGAGCACCUGCGCUGAGCCUCUACAUAGACUAACAAAUAGGCCUAGACCAAGUGAAGCUGGGAUCCGGAGCCGGUCUCCUGGUGAAUACAUUCUCAUUCCAGCUGAUGAAGAGAGCUGGGAGCUUUCUGUUACUUGAGGUCAAGCUUAACCCUCAACCGCUUUUUUGCGCUUUGUGCUUUUGCAAUGAUUGAUAUUAUUUGAAGCAUUUUUUGCUUGUUCUGUAUGGGAGCACAUUAGGAAAGGGUCCUGCACAGCAAAAUAGCUUUCAGGUCACACCCCUGUAAGGCCAAACUAAAAAGCUAUAAUAGUUCUGAUCACUAUUUUGGCUUAAUGGCUCAAAAGCCAAAAAAAAAAAGCCAAGCCAGUACAAUCUAAAGAAAAUUUUUCCCAUGUAAUGGUGGGUUUGUGAAAAUUUUUAGAAACUGGAUAUGAAUCCUUUGCUUCAACAAAAAGGGAAGUCUUAUCUGUAGCAGAGACCAUUGGCUGAAAGCUCUUUCUCCCUGCAACCACCAUCCAUCCACCAGGGCUGUUGAGCACCAAAAGAGUCAGCAGGGUCUUCAUCUACACAAGAAACGGAAGAAACAUCAUUACUGUUCUACAGGCAUGGAUCUUGCUAGACACCCCCAUCCUCCUUCUCCCCACUGUUCCUGUUUAGAGUUCAUGUACAGCACUCUGGAGACAUUACUUAAAGCAAUUCAAUUAUUAAUGAAGCAUAACACUUUAAUUUCCAGUGCCCACAGAUAGCAGGUAUGUCUUGGUCGACGUUGAUAACCCACGACCACUGUGUUAGCUAGUUUCAGGGAAAAGAUGUCAAUAUAUAUGUGUACGUACUUAAGCUCAGACACUUCCCAUGACUUUUGGUGCUCUUCCCUGCAUAGUUUACAGUCCACUAAGGAGAGGACAAAAUGGAGAGCCCUGAAUGUGACCAGGGUUCAAACCUGAAGCAAAAGGAUCAACCAUUCAAACCUGUUUUAACAUCAUCACAAUGUGGGUAUAUCUUUACUCCUCUAAAUCUUUAAUAUCUAGUCCACAGUUUUGCUUGUGACCAUUUUUUUCCCCUGUCCAAGGCCUACCAAUGGUCUCUGGACUUGCUGGAGUGGGAGGGAUACAGUGCUGGCUCCCUUGCCUCUUACUGCUGUCGAUCAGCAAGCACCUGCAGUACAGCUUCUCUUACUGUGAUACUACUGCUACUGCAACAUCCCCUCUACUACUAAUGGAACUAACCAAACUACUGCUCCUUUUGACCUUUAAUCUCCAGCGUUUUAGUUGGAAGAACUUUGCAAAAACAAAUAAAGAUAUACACGUAUAAAACAAAAAAUACAUAUUUAUUUGAUUGCUGUUUGAAGGUGGAGGGUGUGGGGUUUUUUUUGUUUUGUUUUGUUUAUUGCACCUGGUUGUCACGUGCUAAUGCUAACUGGAAAGGCUGGAAAGGUAAUUCUACUCUGAUUUUAGGGACCUUUUUAGAUGUCUUCUAUCACACACUCAAUCUAGUGUCUAGUUUGCUUUAUAAUUCAACUGGAAUUAGGCCCAAGAUUGGGCAUGACUUCAUCUUCGCAUUGAAACCAUUCCCACCACAAUAGAAUAUGGUUCAGUUGGAGAAAUUCAUUCUUUCUCAUUUUGUCCCUGCUUUAUUCUUGUCUAUUGUUCUGUACAUAUAGGGCUGCACAUUUGUGACUUCUACAAAUUAGGGUAUGGGAAAUCCACCCAGUGGUUCUCGUUACGGUCAGAAAGAAUGACCACUUGUACCUAAUAGUAUAUAUUCUUAAAAAAAGCUAUUCAUAUUUCACUACACCUAGGUCAAUGUUAAAUCUACACUUCGGAAGUCAUUGAGCAUUCGCAAAAAAAAAUUGAAUUGCCAUGCUAAACGACCCAAAAGCUAAUUUCAGUAUUCUGCAGUCACACUCCGUACAACCUUUUAAAGUUUUGGGAGGUGUAAUGAAACAGUACCAAGGUCCUUAGACUUUAAAGUUUUGUUUUGUUUUUUGUUUUUUUUUUGUGGUGAUCACCACAGCAAUAUGAUGAUUUUUAAAUCCUUCAGAUCUAGAAUUUUCUUUUCAUGCAUGGUAGCACAUAGAUAUCACAAUAAAUGUUAGUGGAACACUAGGCAUAGAGUUCACUAGGUGGGCCCUUGUGGCAGCCACCUUCUUACUUUGUGGUAAUGGCAGCCUUUGCUUUAUCUUGCCCUUCUCAGGUCUUAAAUCUUUUUUUGUUUUGUUUUGUUUUUGUUUGGCGAGACCCAACUUGGUCAUUCUGUUCUCACACAUGCUUAGCAUGGGUCAUCCAAUGACCCUUUUAUCAUUUUGACUGUAACUCCUAUAGAUGAUCCCAGAUCGAUUUGGCCAGUGGCCUAAACAUUUGUAUCACCAUUAGCACCAUUUCUUUGUUUUUCUCCAUCUCUCUCAUUUUAGUGUAAUCUCUCCAAAGCUACAGGGAGUUCCUGUUCUGAUUUGGAGAAAGGCAAGCACAAGUUACUGGACAGUCCCUGGUGUCGGUAAUAAAAGGGAUUGAAUGAAUUUCUGCCGUUUAUAAACGGUAUGUUUUGUAUAUAAAAAAAAAAUAUAUAUAUAUAUAUAUAUAUAUAUAUAUAUAUAUAUAUAUAUAUAUGUAAAAGUAUAUAAAUCUAUUUUAUUAUUGGAUUACUGGUUAUUUUUCAAAGACACUAUCUUAGGGGAGCUGUACCUAAAGCGCUCUCUGACCUUUGAAUCAUGCAGUUUUGGGAAGGAAAUCAAUUAAUACUGCUUUUGCACACGUAUUGUAAAAUAGUACAACAUCCCACUUUUUUUUAAAUCACCUUUUAGUUAUGUAUGGGGUAUUGUUUUAUUUAAAAGCUGUUAUUCAAUAUUCAAAGUUGUACAGAUUUUUUUUAAUGUGAUCUUUUUUCUUCUAUUUAAAUUAAAGCUUUUUUUUGUCAUCA